GUGUGUAACAUAUCCUCCUCCUGUUAUUAAAUGCCCAUUUUCUGUUACAUUCUUUUAAAUUUUAAUUAUAAGCUUAUAGCUUAGUGAUUUAAGCUUGGCUUGAUUGCUGUGGGUUAUAUAUAUAUGGCCAUGGUUCUCAGUAACACUAUGAUGAUGAUGAUGGACGACCUUGAUUUCUCCUGCUAUAGCACCACCACCACAACUACCACCACCCCCACGUCGAGUGCUGACAAUUGGAACGAGUGGUCAUCGGUGGUGGAUUGGGAUGAGCUAUCCUGCGACCAAAAGAACAUCAACUUUGAUUUCCCCCCUCACUCAUUUGAUUCCAUUAUGGAUGAAAAUGAAAGUAGCGUGCCUUUGUCGUGGCCCAUGGUCGUCCCGGAUGGCCGGAGCUCCGCUGUGUCCCCAGAAACGGUGAUGAUGGACAGUGAUGCAGAUGAUGAUGAGGAUGUUGAUGAUGUUGGGGGCGAAGACUUGAAAGGGUUGCGGCUGGUUCACCUGUUGAUGGCGGCGGCGGAGGCGCUCACCGGCGCCAACAAGAGCCGGGAACUGGCUCGAGUGAUAUUGGUACGGCUCAAACAGUUGGUGUCUCCCACCCAAGGUACGAACAUGGAGCGGCUAGCUGCUUAUUUCGCCGAGGCCCUACAGGGUCUGCUCGACGGCGGCGGAGCGCCGGCGCAUGGUAAGAACAUGUUCACCAACCACGGGCCUCCUUUUCACACCAAGGAUGAUCAUCACACGGAUGCGAUUGCUGCAUUUCAGUUGUUGCAAGACAUGUCCCCUUACGUCAAGUUUGGACACUUCACUGCCAACCAGGCUAUACUGGAAGCCGUGGCCCACGAUCGUCGGGUCCACAUUGUGGACUUUGAUAUUAUGGAAGGCAUCCAGUGGGCCUCCCUCAUGCAAUCCUUGGUCUCCCGAAAUAACGAUGGCCCGUCAACGCCGCAUCUUAGGAUCACCGCGGUGUCCAGGGGUACUGGGAACGGCCGCCGUUCAUUUGGAACUGUCCAAGAGACCGGCCGCCGGUUGACUGCUUUUGCUGCCUCCAUCGGUCAACCAUUCUCGUUCCAUCAGUGCAGGUUAGAUGCGGACGAGACUUUUCGGCCGUCCGCAUUGAAACUGGUAAGGGGCGAGGCCCUGAUAUUCAACUGUAUGCUACAUUUGCCCCAUUUUGCGUACCGCGCCUCCGAUUCAGUCGCAUCAUUCUUGUCGGGAGCAAAAACAUUAAAUCCGAGGCUAAUCACUUUAGUGGAAGAAGCAGCUGGACCUGUUGAGGACGAGGGGUUCGUUGGUAAAUUCAUGGACUCGUUACACCACUAUUCCGCUAUUUAUGAUUCGCUCGAAGCGGGGUUCCCGAUGCAAGAACGAGCAAGGGCAUUGGUGGAACGUGUUUUCUUAGGGCCCAAAAUAGCCGGGUCAGUUGCCCGAAUAUACCGGGCCCGUGGCGAGGAAGAGUCCAGUGGUGGUAGUUGGGGGGAGUGGUUGGGUGAGAUGGGGUUUCAGCCCAAUAGUAUAAGCUUUGCCAAUCACUGUCAAGCAAAGUUGCUGUUGGGACUUUUCAAUGAUGGCUAUAGGGUGGAGGAACUGGCCAAUAACAAGCUUGUUUUGGGAUGGAAAUCACGGCGCUUGCUUUCAGCUUCCGUUUGGACCUCUCCCGAUCAUGACUAGUAGUGAAAGAAGAAGAAAAAACAGAACAAAACAAAAUUAGAGGUUUGAUGUGUAAAUAUAUAAUAUUUUGGUUUUUAAUUUUAUUACUUUAGGGAGUUUGUACAAGUAUAUUAUGUGAAGGAAUUUAAUGGAGUUGUCUGGUUUUGUUGAACAUCCAACAUUGUAACAAAGUAAACCAUGAGGAGUUUAAUAUGCAUGCUUUUGUUCCAGC